GCAGAGCGCAGGCAGUUCAGCGCGUUUCAUCGCAUCGUAUCGCAGCGCAGCGCUGUGCGGAGCGGAGCGGCUCCGUCUCAUACUGACCGGGGGCUCUUCUGCUUCUCCUCUCCGCCUGUUUCCAGGUCCUAACGCCGAGGAAACCAUAGCAAACAGGUACACAUCUGGCUCUCCACCCACAAGGAGCGAGGCCAUGGUCCAGGGGGGGCCGGUGAAGGCGGCUCAGCUCUCUCGUUCUGAUGGCAGACCUCCUCCCCGCUGGUCUUCUGGAAGUCUGCGUGGUGGUCGGAGCCUCUAGCGACAGGCUUAAAGACAUAUGUGAGGGGAGGGAGAGGGAGCUCCCCCUACUAGAGGCCGAGGUCCUGCAGGUGCACGCCCCUCCCUUCGUGAAGAAGGAGAAUGAAUCGGAGCCCCAGGUCGGCCUCACUCAGGUGCAACGUCGGCGCUCCUUCAUCAAGAAGAAGAAGGAGAGAUUCGAGGGCACGGCGCCUGCUGAGUCCUCCGCCAAGAGUACGGACCCAGAAGUGCAGGAUGUCACUGUGCCCAUAAACAUCGACUUGGUGGCCUUGCCCCAACUUUGCUUUCCUGAGGGACUUCACUUGUCGCGUGAUUUUCAAGAAGACCAUUACCACUUCCUCGUUUUCACCGAUGUCCUCGGCAACCGGACCCAUGGAGUGGUCGUCCAGUACUAUAAACCAAUCCAGGAGAGGGCGCUAUAUCAGAAUGGACCCUGGUCAUCCCCAAAGGGCGCCAGUCUCUACUGCCCUUAUAGUAUCUGCGUCAUAUCCAAGUACCCCUACUACAAUGCUCUCAGGGACUGCCUGUCAAGCCUGAUGGCUCAGCUGAAGACGUGCCGGAGGGCCGAGUGGGACAUGGUGAAGGACUUCGCUGCCAGGCUGGCCCUAGUUCCCAUUCCCCCCCCUGGUCAGCUCCACGUGGUGUUCAACCUCCGACCGCUGCAAAUCAUCCUGCCCUCCACAGAGGACAAGGAGCAACCUAUCAUUGACUUAGACCUUCACCUUCCCUUCCUGUGCUUCAAGCCGAGACAGCUUCUCCAGGUCAUCACCAGCAUGCUGACGGAGCAGCGGGUGGUGCUGCUCUCCUCGGACUGGGCCCUCCUCACCUUGCUGGCACACUGCUUCCUGCUCUUCAUCCGCCCGCUGACCUGGCAGCACCCGUUCGUGCCCAUCCUCUCGCAGCAGAUGCUGGACUUCAUCAUGGCGCCGACUGCCUUCCUCAUGGGCUGCCACCUGCGGCACUUCGAGGAGGUGGCGGCGGAAACCGAUGACCUGAUCUUAAUAAACAUCGACGAGGGGACAGUGGUGUCUUUCUCGUCGGACAGCACUGGCAUCCCCGAAGUCCCCCUCGUCGCCGAGGACUGCUUUAUAAAACGGGGAGAAGCUCUGAGAAUGCACUACGACCUGGACGUCAGUCACCUGGCAACCAGCACAGACAUAAAUGACCUGAGGGCACAGAGGAGACUGUGGCAGCAGAACCUGAACGCAGAGGUCCAGGAGAUAACACUAGAGCUGAUGGUCAACAUCUUUAGGGAGGUUCACGAUCAUCUCAAUUACGAGCACCGAGUGUUUAACAGCGAGGAGUUUCUCAAGUCCAAAGAUCCCCGGGAUCAACCCUUUUAUGAGAAGGUUCUGGAGACGCACAUAUUUAACUGCUUCCUGAAGGAGCGUCUCAACAGGAAGAUGGACGCUUUUACACGUCUGGAGAUGAGCACGCGGUCGCAGAGAAUGAAGGCCAUGCUCGACUCCCCCCGGAGGCCCAUGAUGCAGGAAAUGGCAGAGAAAUACAGCAAACCUGAGAGUCGCUUAAGCAGGAAGCUGGGAGUGGGCAUGAGCGAUACGGGGGAGGAUGGCUCAGGGGGUCUACCCCCCCGGCAGAACUCGCUCAGGAACACGCCCCGGGGGCACGCGUCACAAAGGGGCGUCACCACCUUCAGGCUUCCUGACUUUCCCGACCCCCUGGAUUUUCCCCGGGUGCAGCUGUAUUACUGUGACAUCAUCAGCUACCUGGACAGGGCCAUGAUGACAGUCCCUCCCGAAAACUCAGCCCUGCUGGCGAGGUACCGUUAUCUGCGUGGCCUCAUCAAUACUACCAUGGGCAAGCGGCUGGAUGCCCUGUGCGACUUCCAGAACCUCUACAAGAUGGACACGGACAUCUUUCCCGGCGAGCUGGUGAGGAUGAUGGCCGACUCGCUGCCCCGGCAGGAGAGGGUGCUGGCGGAGCGGCGCUCCGAGCUCCAGCGCCUCAUCAGCAGGGUCCGCAAGGACCACGAGAAGGACCAGUCUGGCCAGCGCGAUGACACCGUGAAGAAAUUCGAGCUUCCCAAGAAGCACAUGCACCUGGACGACUUCGUUAAGCGCGUGCAGGAGUCCGGAAUUGUGAAGGACGUCGAGACCAUCAACCGGCUCUUUGAUGCUCUCACCGUGGGUGCGGACGAUGCAAUGAAGGCUUCUUCCCAAUCAGUAUUUUAUAUUGAUUCUGCUUGGAAUGGUCAGCAGAAACAGGUGGAUCCGGAAGUAUUCCGUGUCUUCUACACCGUGUGGAAGGAGACUGAGGCCGAAGCACAAGAUGUUCACCUGCCUGCUGGGGUCAUCGGGCACCUGGACACCAACGAGUGUGUCUACAAGCUGUCGUCCUCAGUCAAAACCAGCCACGGCAUGGGCAAGAUCGCCCUGACGCAGAGGAGGAUCUUCCUGCUGACGGAAGGCCGGCUUGGUUACAUCGAGAUCACCAAAUUCAGGGACAUUGAGGAUGUGAGAAUCUCUUCUGCGCCUUUCCUCCUGCUGAGAAUCCCGACUCUGAAGAUCAAGAGCAGCCAAAGGAAGGAGACGUUUGAGGCCAACCUUAAGUCGGAGUGUGACUUGUGGAAUUUGAUGAUCAAGGAAAUGUGGGCCGGGAGGAAGAUGGCAGACGACCACAAGGACCCGCAAUACAUGCAGCAAGCUUUGACUAAUGUCCUCCUGAUGGACGCCGUGGUCGGCUGUCUUCAGUCGCAGAAGGCCAUCUUCGCUGCCUCCAAGCUGGCGUAUUUCGACAAAAUGAAACUGGAAGUGCCCGUGAUGGUUCCCAAAACUACCUCUGAGACCUUGAAGCAUAAGAUAAACCCCUCCCUGGACCUGAUGGCUCCGCAGGCCGUGGACGUCCUACUCUACACUCCAGGGCAGCUGAACCUGCCAGACGCAGAGGGAGGUGGGAACCCCAAGCUGUGGUGUGCCCUGAGCAACGGAAAGGUGGUGGUGUUCGACGCUGCUAGCUGGUCUGUGCGGCACAGUUCCAUCCAAGUGGGGACCUCCCGCCUGAACUGCAUGCUGGGAGUGGACCAGCAUCAGUUGUGGAUUGGCUCCCAGGAUUCGGUCAUCUACAUCAUCAACACCCACAGCAUGUCAUGCAACAAGCAGCUGACCGAGCACCGCAGUGAGGUCACGGACUUCGCCCUGGAGGAAAAGGACCAGAGAUUCACUCAGACCCUGGCGUACUCCUGCAGUGCCGACGGCGUGGUGAUCACCUGGGACGUGUCCACGCUGCAGGCGCGGAAGCAGUUCAAGCUCACCUGCGACAGGCUGCAGUCCAUUCGAUUGGCGGGUGGAGCGCUGUGGUGCUGUGCCAGGGACUGCGUGCUGGAGCUGAAGAGGAAUGGAAUGGUGUCCCGCCGCCUGUCACUUCCUGACGAUCUCCGUAGUGUACCGACAGCCUUUAGCUGCUUCAUCCACAUCGCGGAGAAAGAGCAGCUGUGGACUGGCUGCACAGAUGCGGGCGAGCUGUGCGUGUGGCAUUACGGCGACCUCUCCGAACCCGCGCACAAGAUCCAGCUGCAGGACUGCGCAGGCGUCAACUGCAUCAUCAAAGUCAAGAACCAGGUGUGGGUCGGCUGUCGGGGGCGGAGCCAAGGGAAGCCCAGGGGAAAGAUCUACGUGGUGGACCCGGAGCGGCAAAGCGUGGAGAAGGAGCUAGUGGCGCACGGGGACAUAGUGCAGGCCCUGUGCUCCGCCGAGGACCGCUAUGUGCUAAGCGGCGCCGCCCGUGAGGAUGGGAAGGUUGCCAUCUGGAAGGUGGAGUAGAAGAGGUCGUGGGACGACGGCUACACUGCCACCUGGUGGCCGUCGUCCAUCAUCUGCACCGCCAUGCCUGCCAGCCCACACCAAAGAGGGCUUUGUGAGUGUGUAACGCUGCUGCUCGUGGAGGCUGGACGCUGCGGAGAGCGCAGACUUGCCAUGAGACAAUAAAACGUACAAUGAAGACAGCCAGUGAAGUGUCUCAGACAAUAAUACCCUCACUGUUUCCAGCUAAUUCAUAGUGGUAAUAAGAAAAACUUAUGCUAUGUUUUAUAGUAACUUUUACCAUACAGUUUACACACCUGCUACAGUUAUUUUAUUUGGGCCAUUUUGGCAUAUGUCAUUUAUAUUCUUUUGUUAUACAUACAUAUAAAAUUUUAUUUUGUUCAUUUAUUUAUACUUUUUCGUAUGAACUGUACAUGCACUAAGAUCAUUUUAGCUUAUUAAUUCUAGGGAGAGGAGGUAGUGUAAUACAGGCUAUCGGAGAGCUUAAAGUUCAGCUGUAAGUGAAUUCAUCAGAUCCUAUCAAAUUAUGAUGUGUUCUAGAAUUAGCCUUGUAUUCUGUCACCUGUAGAUUUCAGGUACACCAACAGGGGGCACUAGAUACUCCCAGGUUAAAAAUUAUUGUAUGCAAGAUUAAAAGCCAAUAGCACAAACACA